AUGGCGCCUAUCGCAGAGGCAGAUACUCAACCAGGGACCCAAAAAGAUCCAGUCUCUUCCCAAGAGACAUCCGUCACAUCCAGAACUGCGCUAGCCGACCUCGGCUCCGGUCCGAACAGCUCCCUUCCAACAACAAACGGAAACAGCUCGUCUAAGAAAGCCCAAGACAAAGAGGUGCAACGCGAGUGGGAUGAGGUAUCGUCGCAUAUCCGAAGUAAUGGGUCAAAACAUGGAGUGGAAGCACAACCAAAAGGCAGCGGGGUUGUGACUGGGAGUAAUGGAACUGCGACCAGCAGUAAUAGAACAUCUCAGGAAAUGCACGAACGGACACGGCAGCCAUCCUCACACGGUCUCGGCAUACAGCUGGAUGGACUUAAUGGGAAUGGAGAAGAGAGGAAAGUUUCUCUCGGUAAUGGCAACGAUCACGGAACAACGUCGCCGCAGAACCGGAAGCAAGAUAAGGAGAAAGUCUUGAAAUUGUCGCCAACUAAGAUCCAAGAGCUCAUUUCAUUUCCAGACUCAGUACCUUUACAGCAAGUACCAGAUGACUAUGACAAGGAAGAUGAAGCUGUCCCGACGCCAAGACGUUUAUCUUCAAUGGAUGAUGAUCUAGCUAAGGCAAGAAAUAGAGCCGAGUUCUUAAGGUCCAUUAGUGGCAGCUUCUAUCCCAAAAGGAGCUCCAAGGGUUCGAACCACCUAGAUGAUCCGCCAAACUUUCUCGUUUCGAGUGAAGCUUCACCUAUGAGUGCUCCUAUCGGUCAGCGACCUCACGCUUCCCGAAUGGUGCCCAGUCCUAUGACUUUUCCAAGACGGAACUCGGUGAGCGAUGAGCAGCGUUUAGCCUCAAAUUCUUCUUUGCGAUUAAGGAAUAAGGGUGCUCCUAACCACCUCGAUCUUCCAGAAGAGACGCUUGCAGAGGACCCGAAUCCUUCCCCUAUGCCACAAUCUAUACCUCUGCCUCCGUUGUCUAUUCCGGCAUACUUGGAACUAGAGCUAUCCUCGUCGCGGCCGUCGUCACUUUACAUUCACCGCUCGACGACAAGUCAGUUUCCGUAUGAGUCGUCGCAGGUAAAGCUGGAACGACUCUUGAAUUUCAUCUUACUCCCACCUGCCUUGGAACAAGUCUUAUGGUUCGGUGCACUAGCCUGCAUUGAUUCAUGGCUGUACUCGUUCACCAUAUUGCCACUUCGCUUCGCCAAAGCCCUUUAUAUACUAGUGUCGUCCUGGAUGCUCAACAUAUAUCGAGAGGCGCAGUUUGUGUUCACAUUCAUCAUCAAUGGGGUUGGCCGAGUAUGGCGCAGACGCUCAAGGACGGCGAAGACCACAACGUCUGAUUCAGGGCGUAGUGCCCCACAGAAGGGAGUUACCGAGACCAACGGCUCAUCUGUAAAUGGAAACACGGAUGCAAGAUUAAAGCCUAGGCAGAGUAACACCAGACGGCGAAAGACGUCAGCACAACCGAAGCAUCGAAGACAAAAAUCAACACCGUCAGCUUUAGAACCAGAUGACAAAGCCGAUAUACUGAAAGGCUUUUUGAUGAUCUGCACUUGUAUUAUCUUGAGUUCUCUUGAUGCCAGUCGGAUGUAUCAUUGGAUUCGAGGGCAAAAUGCCAUCAAACUGUAUGUCAUUUAUAAUGUACUUGAGGUUGGUGAUCGUCUACUUUCAGCCAUCGGACAAGACGUGCUCGAAUGUCUGUUCUCAAAGGAAGCGUUAGACAGAGGACUGGACGGCCGUAGCAAAGUUGUGCGCCCAUUCUGGCUCUUCUUGCUUGCUCUUGCAUAUACAACAACGCAUGCCACAGCUCUUUUCUACCAGGUGAUAACACUCAAUGUCGCCGUUAAUUCCUACUCAAACGCGCUGAUUACGCUUCUGCUAUCCAAUCAAUUCGUUGAGAUCAAAUCGACAGUGUUCAAAAAGUUUGAGAAGGAGAAUCUGUUUCAGCUGACAUGUGCGGAUGUUGUUGAGAGGUUUCAGCUUUGGUUGAUGCUUACUAUAAUUGCAUCCCGAAAUAUCGUCGAGACAGGAGCAUUUACUUCUUGGUUUGCUGUGGGAUCAAGCGUGACAAAUCAGGUUCGAUCAACAGUCACUAAUAGCACUCCUCUUACUACCUCCCCGCAUUCCUCCACCUCAAUACUUCCGAAAUCGUUCACUUUCUUACCGUCGACAAUUUUUACAUCCUUGACGGGCGGUGCCAAUACACUUUUACCGCAUUUUGCUCAGGUCUUAGGACCAUUUUUGAUUGUACUGGGAUCUGAGAUGUUUGUCGACUGGCUUAAGCAUGCAUACAUUGCUAAAUUCAACAACACGCGACCAGCGAUUUACGGACGGUUUCUUGAUGUUCUAACUAAAGAUUAUUACACUAAUGCAUUUGUCGACCAAAAUUUAACUAAGCGACUUGGCCUGGCAGUUAUACCAAUGGCUUGUCUAUUCUUCCGAGUCUCUGUUCAGACAUAUCAAAUGUUCCUGCAGGCGUUGCUUCCGACUCAAGCGUCUGCUACCGAGCAUAGCGCUUCCUUAACAGCGAUACAUGAGCAUUACUCUAAUUUACCCCAACCUUCAUCACCGUCUAUGCCUUUUACCGUUCAGUCAGUCAUGUCAACUUCCCUUGAUCGAUUGUCGUGGGUGUUCAAUACCAUAGUCGAAAACGCCAUUCCUUCGCCGAUACAAUCCGUCACAUUCUUCACCAUUGUCCUUGUGGUCACUGCUUAUCUAAUCCUUCUCAUCUUCAAGCUCACGCUGGGAAUACUUCUACUUUCAUUUUCCCGCUCACGUUAUAAGGCAAUGAAGGAUCGUGAGCAGAAACAUUUCUUUGGGGCUCAGAAUGAUUCCAGUGCUAUCUCCCCAUCUGCCUCUCAGGAACGCAGACCGUCUCAUUCUUCCGCCACAAACAUCAACCGAGACUAUACUGUUGAAGGAGGCCGUCGAGUCGGUGGCUGGGGUGUUGUUGAGGUCGAUGAUGAUAAGAGACGCUGGAUCUAUGCAGAUGACCCGGAUGGUCUACAUAAGAUCAAGGCAAAAGAGCGUGCUGACAAGGAUAAGCAAGCUGCAAAGGACAAAGGGGCAUUGAUGAACCUUGAUGGAGUGAAACGAUAUGAAAUGGUGGCGAAGCGAAUCUGGUAG